AGAUUUUUAUACAUUAUUCAACACAACACACACACAACUUGGGAAUUAGACAAAGCGAUAAGCUCGGAAAAAUAUUAUUCCGUGGCGAUAGGCGUCUACUACUGCCUUGUUUGUUGUUUUGGUUAUAUAUUUUGUUCAUUCUGUUACACAAGCUAGUGUUCAAAGCGUUUAGGAAGUAAGGUGAUUUUCAAACAUGUUUUAAGUUACAGAGGAAGUAUCGAGUAAAAGAUAAGUAAUGUUCAUGACCAGUUUUACAUGAAAACAUUUCAUAUAUAAUCAUGUCUCAUCCCAAGGUAUAUAAAAUUAUACUCUUAUGGGUGAUAUUUCAUCAGAGUUUAGGUAAUAGUUUAUAUGAUAUCACAGAAAGUUCUUUUGGAAAGUACACAGAGGGUAUUAUAGCUGCCUUUGGAGACUUUAAUUCUGAUGAACUAACAGAUGCCUUUUUCAUUAUAAACGGUUCUAACAUUCAAGUUUUCCUAGCCCAUGACAAAGAACCCUUUUUGAGACCAUCUUCAUAUGCUUGCAAUUUUAGCAAUGUUAUUAUAACAAGUAUAGUGCCAGGUGAUUAUGACGGUGAUGCUUACAUGGAUAUAUUGUUAACAACACAAAUACAAAAUGAAACAUCCACAUUACAUGAAGUCAGAAUUUUGUGGGGUGGUAUGCAGAGUCUUAACUGCUCUGAUGCACUCCUCAUUAAAGCAAUUUCUGUUGGCCAUCCUUUGGUGAUGGACUAUAAUCGUGACAUGACAUUGGAUUUGUUCGGUAUCAACACUAGAAAUGAACGUGUUUUCUGGAUAUUUGAUAAGUCUAGAACAACCCCAAUUGAAAUAUCAAUGGGUAAUCAAAUAUUUAAAGAAAUUAAACUACCACAUUCUCACUCCUUUUUGGAUGUAAAUGAUGAUGAUGCUGCUGAUUUACUCGUCACCACAACUUCAGAUAUAGAAGUAUGGCUAAGUGAAGAUUCAAAGGGCUUCCGAUACAACUCUAGUAUUGAGUUGCUGGUGGGUCACCCGGUUAUAUAUGGACAAGCCCUUUUCAUGGAUGUUGCUUUAUCUGGAGAAUUCUUUUUAGUAAUACCUGUGUGUUAUGACAUUGAAUGUGUAAAUAGUACAAUUUUCAUAUAUGAUAAUGAGCAAUGGCAUGAUUUACAAGUUGAUUUUAACGAUGGCAAAGGAACAUUGUGGAGAUUCACACCACCCCAGAAGGAAAUUUAUUUAGACACAAUAACAAUGCGAAGUGGAGAUUAUAACAUGGAUGGAUACCCUGACAUAUUGAUCACUCUUAGUCCUGUAAACAGUAAUGAGACUAGAGCUUUCCUAUUCCAUAAUAUUGCAUGUGAAUUGCCAGGAUGUAAGUUUCAUAGAACCUAUCAAAUUUUAUGGGAUAACUUUGACUCAUUUGGUAAUGAUGUAGUAAUGGCCACUUUUUAUGACUUCUACAUGGAUGGUGUAUUGGAUGUAAUAUAUGUAAAGAAGAAUAGUACAAAUGGAAAAUAUACCUUGCAUGCUUUCAAAAAUGAACUUGAAUAUGAUACAAAUUUCAUCAAGGUUAUAGUAGUGACUGGAUUAACCAAUGAAAAAAUACCUGUUAUUAAUGGAACCUUGUAUAACAGAAAGGUCACAUUUGGUACCAAUUUACCUGGGCCAAAGAUUGGCUAUAACACUUGGUCUCAGGAGGGGACUUACAGGACAGGCGUUUGUGCUCAGUUACCUCAGUCAGCAUAUUUUGCUCUGCAAUUGCCCUAUUCCAUAUUUGGUCUGGAUAGAACUCCAAAUUUUGUUGACACUUUGUCAAUUGGACUGUCUGGUUAUUCUAAAAGCUGGACACAAAUUAUCCCCAAUUCUCAAAUAGUAGUGAUACCCUCACCCCCUUUUGACCCUUCCCAAUGGAAGGCAAGAUUAUUUGUUACACCUAGUAAAGUUAUUCUUAAAAGUGUUUUUGUGCUAACUGCUAUCAUAAUUGUUAUAACUGGGCUUGUAUUAUACUUACAUUGGAAAGAAAGGCAUGACCGGCAAAAUGUAAUAGAGAUAGAUGAAAAAACUUAUGUUAAAAUAUAAAUUCUCAGUAAGGGUAAAGGAAUUUUACGAUGGGUUUCUGCUGUUAAUUCGAUAUUCACUUAUAUUAUGGUCUAUGAAGUUCUAAUCUAGUUUGGUUUCAUACCUAAACACACAACACAUGACUGGAUCAAUUUGAAGUAUACUUGUGACUUUGAUUACAGAAUUAUAAAAUCUGUGACUUAGCUUGAUGUUCCACUAUAUAUCUUAUAGCCUCAUAUCUCUGUAAUCUGCUACUCAAACUAUUCAUAUCAAAAAGGAACACAUAAAACCAUCAAUACCUACUUGGAAUGUCACAUAUUUUGUUAUUUUAUUAAUGGCAAACUAUAUUUUGUGUCUUAUGUUGCCAUGUGUGUCAGUGUUUUAAUUUUUAAAUGUAUCAAUGCCCUAAAUAGAUAAUCAUAUUAUAUGCUGUGAUAUAUUUACCUGAUAAGAAUAGGUUAAAUUAAAUACUAAUAAAAUUUAGCAAGUCUACACACUAAGAAGAGGUGAUUUUAGGAUUCUUGAUAGGUAAUAGCUUUCCUCAAAUUUGGCUAUGACGCAAUUAAAUAUUUUUUGAAAUCCGACUGGUACUUUCAGAGACUGCAUAUUUAAGCGUACUCUAAACUUUAUUAAUUUACAACUAUUAAUUUAAAUAUAUUUGUAUAGUUAUAGUACCUAUAGAUAGAUAUGAUGUUGUUAUUACUGAUUUAUGUUUAUAUUCUGUUAUUCAAUUUGUUUAAUGGGUACUCAAGUCUGUAAUAGGCCAAUACAUAAUUUAAUUUUUAUCAGUAUACAAUACAGCAAGAAAAAUGAUCUGAUUAAAUACAAUUUUAUAAUAUUUAACACAAUAUGUACUUCACUUCAAUGUUUAGGCUUGUGCUUAUGUUUCUUGUCCUUUUUCUUUUCCAGCUUUUCAAGUUUCCUGUAAAUAAUAUAGUGAAUAAAUAUUUAUUAUAAUAAAAAUAUUAAAGUAUGUA